AUGGCCAAGACCGCGCCUUUCAAUCCUCCUUCCCCAUCUAUGGCUGACAAGCCAUCCGUUCCUCAAUGGAUCCCUCCUCCGGCAACCAAGGAGAAGCACAACUUCGCCGAGCUGGAGACCAUCGACCUGUCCAAGCUCGACGGCGACGAGAAAGCACAACAAGAAUUGGUCUCCGAUGUAAAGAGAGCGAUCAGAGAGGACGGAUUCUUGUUCCUGGAGAACUAUGGAAUCAGUCUCGAGCAACUCCACCGUCAAUUCUCCAUUGCACACUACCUCUUCAACAACAUCUCUGAGGAAGACAAAGAGCGACUUCUUUUCCAUCCGUCUACUGGAAGAUGGGCUGGUUGGAAACACGAGUACGGCUUCAAGAGACAUCGUCAACAAAAGGACGGGAUCAACCAGUUCAACUGGUACAAGGAACAGUGGGAGAAUGAUGAUCUUUUGCCUGCAUGCGUUCUUCCUUUCAUGGACGAGAUCAGGGCUUUCUCUGAGUACUUAACCAAAUCCGUCAAUCGGCGCCUGCUCACACUCUUCUCUCGUGUUCUCGAGCUGCCAGACGAUUGGCUUUGGAACAACGUCCAACCAGUCAAUGAGAAAAUACUCGAGAAGUCCAAGAACAUCAGAAUGCACGGUCACACUGACUUCGGUCUGACUACCCUACUCUUCUCGGUACCCAUUUCUUGUCUCCAAAUUUGGGGCAAGGAUGAUCAGUGGCACUACGCUCCUUACCGUCCAGGUGCACUUGUCAUCAACAUCGGCGAGACUCUUGAGAUUGUGUCCGGUGGACAUUUCAAAGCAACCAGACAUCGCGUGUUCUCUCCUCCCGCCGAUCAGCUUCAAGAAGAGCGCUUGUCCUUCGUUCAAUUCCAGUCAAGCGUUGGCCAUCUGAGAAUGACUCCCGCUAUUGAGUCGCCGCUGAUCCAAAGAGAGGGCUGCGUUGAAGAUCAAGGUGUUUACAGAAAGUUCAAACGAGUAAUGGAUCUUGGCUUCCCAAUUCCAACCAACCAACAGUGGCGAGAGAUCCAGAUUGCAGAGGCGACUGAUCCCACCGAUGAUCAGCGUAACAGAAUUGGUGCGGACCAGGUCUUGAUGGAAGGAAAAUUGAUGCAGCAGCGCGAAUACAUGGGUGUCAAGGUGCUUUUGCCGGUGUAG